AUGUUUACACAUCAAAGUAUUAAAAAUAUAGAAAUCGACCCUAAUAUUAGAACAUUGUCUAAUAAUUUUGUAAACGAGCAUCAAUCUAAAGAAUCAUUGGAUAUUUCAGAUUUGUUAAAGCGUAAAAGAGUAGAUGGGCAUGAUCAAGAAUUUGUAACAAUCAGCGAUGAAGAUAUUUGUGAAAACAAUAAAGAAACAAAAGUAAGAAGCAAUGUUAAUAAAUACGAAAAAAAUCACAAGAUUAUCAAAAAA